AUGGGUGGCAACAGGAAGGGUGGCAAGCACGGCGGCCACAAGAAGGGCGGUGAAGAGGAUGACAAGCCCAAACAGCAACAGCAACAACAGCAACAGCAGCAGAAGCAGCAGCAGCAACAGCAGAAGCCUAAGAAGAAGCGGCUGUCGUCUGCUUCCAGUGACUUUACACCGCGACCAGCAGCACAGCUGUCUGGGCAUCGGUUAUCAACGGACCUGGAUGAUGAGCCACCGACACCAUCCCCGACCAAAACUCUAAGACGCCAGCGAAGCCGCCACCUGUCUGCGUCUGACGAUGUGUUUGCAGAGGAGGACGAGUUGAGCAAAGACCACCGCUCGCUGUCCAUUCCUCCCGACGCGUUUGCGUUUGGAGACGACGAUGACGGUGAAGCAAAGGAUGGUCGGUCGAGGCCCGAGCACGGCAAGACAGAUGAAAGGGCCGACACGGGCUCCAACGCCCUUGCCCCUCCGAGCAACGCGGCGGCACAGCAUGAUCUGCACUCUCUCAAUGCCGAGACGUUGUGUCUGCGCUGCCUUCCCGAUCCGGAAAGCAGAAGCAGAAAGGAUCCUCCGGACACAAAAGGAAAACAGAGCAGCAGCAACAGCAGCAAUCACGGCAAAGGAAAGGGGAAGGGGAAGAAGAAAGGGAAACACACUGCAAAGGCGAAUGAGGAGCACAGCACCAACGGAAGCGGUGGUGGUGGUGGCGAUGAAGGAAGUGGAGUUGUUAAGACAGGGACAGAUGAGGCAACGUCCACAACAGCGUAUGAGACACGCACAUGCGCACUGUUUGCGCUGGCGCACCUCUCCUGCAACAGCGAGGCAGCCCAGUGGCUAAUUCAACACAAGGGGUUUGAGCGGUGUGCAGCCAUGGUGGACGAGAAGACCGAGAACGAAACGCGUUUGGACUACGCCUUUCAGACAUUGUGCAAUCUCAUCACACACGCAAGCAAGGACCAGCUUGCCGGCCUGUCACCAGCCGUGCGUGCGCACGUGUGUUCUGCGGCGCGCAACGCACUUUGGAAGACAAUUCGCGUGUUGAAUUCGGCACGUGUUGUCCUCGCACACCUCAGCCCAAGUACCGUGGAGCGGUGGGCGCAGUGGACAGCAACGCUCGGCACACGGUGGCUCUGACACACGUGCUUGCAUGCACAUGUUUGCCUGCAAGCAGCGUCAUCACCUCUGCUGUUUGUACAUAGAGACGUGCCACAAUGCUUUCUCCCAUGCCUUCGUCAUCAUUUGGUUCCAUGUGUGUAUGGUGAUUUCAGUAAACCAACCCGCCAGA